GAGAGAGAGAGAGAGAGAGAGAGAUAUGAAGGGCCAGGGGGAGUGGUAGAAGAUCCGGAUCUCUGUAAUGAAGAUCUUCUCUCCUUUCUGCUACUUUUCUCUGCAGGAUGCUGGAUUAGUCAGUAGGUGUAGAACUGCGCUGUCAUGAAUCACCAGUGACAGAUGAUGAAAAGUGCUGCUGAUGAUGGGAGGAGCCUCUUCUUCCCUCUCUUUUCCCCUCUGUUGUCUGAGCGAGAGAGUGAGAGAGUGAGAGAGAGAGAGAGAGGGAGAUGAUGCUCUGAGUUGAGAGAUCCAGCAGUAGCUGGGGAGGAGGGCAGGGCUGAGGCUGGUCUGCAGGAUCUCCGGCUGGAUUAGAGCGCAGGGAUUUUCAGUGGAGGAGAUUCAGUUAACCAAAGAUGAUGAUGAUGAUGAUGAUGAUGGACUUGAUGAUGGUGACAUGAAGACAUGAAGACGUAAAGACUUGAAGAGGCGAAAAACAGCGAGGAGCUUGAAUCAAAUGGCUGAACUGAAGCUGCUGUACGCUGGGUGUGCGAAUGGUCAGCUGGAGAAGAAGGAUCUGGAGUGGACUCUACAGCAUCAGCAGAGUUUUUACUCUACCUGCUCGGAUGAGAAAGCUCUGCUGAUAGACUCAGACCUGGAGGAGGCUCUGGAGGUGGUUUCCAACUCGUGGACAGGUGGUCAACCCCACAGGUUGACUCAAUGGGGAACUGAUGAAGAAGUUCACAUCUGCCACGAUGAGGAGUUCGAGACGGCGUUCCCCAGCACCUUCCAGACUCAACCAUUGGCGGAAACCAACUACGAGAGUUUGAGCUACAACGAUUUCCAAGAUCCAGAGCUCUCGGCGCUUUCUGAAGACGACUUUCCCAUGGAGCCUGCGGAGAAAUCGGUGGAUUACGGGUUUAUAAGUGCAGUUACGUUUUUAGUAACCGGGAUCUCCUUGGUGGUGGUCUCCUACACCAUCCCUCGCGACGUCCACGUCAACCCUGACGCCGUCUCGGCUCGGGAAAUGGAACGUUUGGAGAGGGAGAACGCCAGGGUUGGUGCCCACUUAGACAGAUGUGUGAUUGCAGGGCUGUGUCUUCUAACCCUUGGUGGAGUGGUGCUCUCCACUCUGCUCAUGAUCUCCUUGUACAAAGGUGAGAUGGUGAGAAGGCAGGCCUUUGCGUUCUCCAAACACUCGGCUAAACUCUACGGUUCAAUCGACUUUAGAGGCUCUGGAAGCCCACGCAACCUUCCCUCGCAUUUAUCUCUAGAAGACGAUGACACACCUGUGGAGAUCUCCAGCUGAAACCUGCCUGAUUGUGUCUGAAUCCUGACAGAACAAGUCUUUUUCUGACCAGUCGUCUUCUUUUCCUGUUUCUUCUUCGUCUGCAUUCCCUAAAAAAAACAGAGAACCACAGAAAACCAAAUACUGAAUAUUAAAGAAAACUGAAUUCUGAAUGCUGAAUGUACCUAUGGUGGUCUUAUUACUUUUAAAAGAACCCAACAUAUCAAAUCUCAGUGCCAAAACUUGUGAAAUGAAUGUUAUCAAACCUCAGUGUGGAAUCUCAGUCGUCAUGUUAAUGCAAACACCAUCCCUUGCAUGAUGCUGACCGUCGUUGGGUUUGUGAGUUUGUGUUAAAUUGUAUCCAUAUUCAACAUGAAAAACAAUGAUGCUUUUUUUGUAUGUUGCUUAUGUAACACAUGGAUUUUAGGAUUUUAAUAGCGCCAUCAUUUGCAGACACCCUCUGGUUCUCCUCUGGUUCUGUAGUAAAGCCAUGUUUAAACUAGCCUGGUGAUACAGUUCUUCUCUAUACGCCACUGAAAAUCGUCAUUUACUGAGUUUCAAUAGUGAAUUUUAAAAAAAGAAACUUUGAAGAAGAGUUAUUUAAACUCUAGCAGUGCUCAAUUAACACUGGGGAAUUUGCUGUUUUGGGGAAGAAAACUUUUACUUUGUCAUUUACUAUGACUUUUAUUUAAUUGCAGGCAGUAUGAGCACAAUAUAUUUCAUGUUCUGUUUUAUUCCUGCAUUGCAGCCCUGCAACACAGCCUAAAAAAAAUCUGGGACGUUAAAGGUCUCAUUCCAUCAUUUUUUCAUUCAUUUUAAAAUGUCUAGUUGUGGUCUCUAAAAUGAAUGAAUAUCAUAUGAGCGGGUUUUUGUGAAAAAAAAAAAUACUGCUCCGGUGAUCCGGUAUAACACUGCUUUAGUCUGAUGAAGGAGUGGGUGGGGGGUGGGGAGAAAAGGAAAGGAUUUCAGCUCUUGCUCAUGAAUAUUCAUACAUGCAAACAUAUCGCCUCUGAUUGGCGAACACCACAGCACUGCAACACCAGGAAGCAGCGAGAUGAACAACAGUUAGAAGCAUUUUAAAAUAAAGACAUUUUUACACUAAUAACUGUCUUUUUUUAAUGUCAUAUGUUGCUUUACAUCAUGUGUAAUAUUGCCCUGCUAAGUGCAGUUCAGCCACUGACCUAGUCUUAGAGUCUCUGUAAAAAUACACCAAAUCCACCGGAGAUCCUAUUUAAACCUAUAGUAACCAAGUACACACAGAGGUGCUUAUUCCAGGUUCAGAAAGUAAAAAAAUCCACUAGUGCAACUAGUGUAGAACCCUAGAACUGUUCUAAAAGUACACCAAACCAAACUGAACUGCUUGAUUUUUUUGCACCAGGAGUAAAGCAGCAUAAAGUUAUCCAAAAGCAGUGUGUAAGACUGGUGGAGGAGAACAUGAUGCCAGGAUGCAUGAAAUUAAAAACUGUGAUUAAAAACCAACCAGGGUUAUUCCACCAAAUAUUAAACUGAUUUCCGAACUCUUAAAACGUAUGAACUUAUGAAUAUUAACUUGUUUUUAUCUUUGCACUAUUUGAGGUCUGAAAGCUCUGCAUCUGUUUUUUUUUUUU